GCCACACGCUUCAUAUACAAGUACAACCUCAAAAAAAACCAGAGACUUCACCAAUGGCGCCGUUCUUCUUUCUCACCUUCUUCUCACUCUUAACGACACACCUUUCUCACGCUCAACUCUCCUGCCUCACACUGCAAUCCAUAAACAAGAUCGUAUACAAUCAUUGCAACGAGUUACCUCACCUCAAUUCCUACCUCCACUGGUCCCUUGACGCUUCAAAAAAUACACUCUCCAUCGCCUUCGUCGCACGUCCAGCCACCACCGACGGAUGGAUCUCGUGGGCCAUAAACCCGACCGGCGACGGAAUGCCUGGAGCACAGGCGUUAGUCGCUUUUAAAGCAUCCAAUGGUUCGAUGGUAGUGAAGACGUUCAAUAUAAGCUCGUAUAGUUCGAUCAUGGAAGGGAAAUUGGCGUUUAAUGUGAAGGAUACGAGAGCAGAUUACUUCGAUGGGGUGAUGAGGAUUUUUGCUACGGUUGAGUUGCCUGAAAAAGGGAUGACGAGUGUGAAUCAGGUAUGGCAGGUAGGGCCGUCGGUCUCGGCUGAUGGGUUUCCGGCGAAACAUGCUUUUCAGCCGGCGAAUUUGGGGGCGAAAGGGCGGUUGGAUUUGUUAAGUGGACAAAGUAGCAGCGGACCUAGCGGUGGAAUUGGAGGUGGUGAUUCCAGAACGAAAAAGAGAAAUAUUCAUGGGAUACUGAAUGCAGUGAGCUGGGGAAUCUUGUUUCCUGUAGGAGUAAUCAUCGCUAGAUACCUUCGAGCUUUCCCCUCUGCAGAUCCGGCAUGGUUUUACCUUCAUGCUUUCUGCCAAGUUUCUGCUUAUGCAAUCGGCGUCGCCGGCUGGGCCACCGGACUUAAACUUGGAUCCGAGUUAAAGGGUGUCACAUACAACACUCACCGCAGUAUCGGGAUUGCUCUCUUUUCUCUUGCAACGGUCCAGAUCUUCGCAUUGUUCUUGAGACCAAACAAAGACCACAAAUUUAGAUUUUAUUGGAACAUUUACCACCAUGGAAUUGGGUAUUCCAUUCUUGUUCUUGGCAUCCUCAACGUGUUCAAGGGUCUUGAUAUAUUAUCACCCGAAAGCAAAUGGAGAUCAGCCUACAUAAUCACCAUAUCCACAUUGGGUGCACUUGCUUUGUUGUUAGAAGUGAUUACAUGGAUUGUGAUCAUGAAGAGGAAGUCUAGCAAGUCAACGAAACCCUAUGACAACAAGCAACAACCAUUGGCACCAUAGUUUGAGCUUCUUUACGAGUAUUAAUGUAUUUUAAAUGGUGGGUUUCUCUUAUUUUUGUACAAUAGGCCACCUUAUAUAUAUAUAUAUAUAUAUA